UAUUUUAGUUCGUUAGAGAUUAUAAAAUUUCCCGCCAUCUGGGUUAACGUGAGAAAAACAAAAAGUUGUUACUAAAGGAAAUAAGUAUGCCUGGAGUAGAAGACUGGACGGACAAUCCACUGGAUGUUAUUCAGAAUCUAAUCGACCAACAUGGAAUAUCAGACAACACAGCCAUCAGGGACUACUUUGGUAAACGGUUGCAGCACAAGAAGGCAUUAUCCAUGAUUCCAUCUUUAAACGACGUGGCCCUACACAAUUUGCGGCCCAACUGCCUUGUGAAGUACCGAUGCAUGAUCCAGGAUAUGUUUGACCCUGAGUUCUACCUCGGAUCAUACGAGGUCACUGACAUGAAGUCCAAACAAACCCUGAUGCUGUCAGGAAAAUACAAGGACGUUGCUGAUGCAAGGGCCCAUCAGGAGAUUAACAUCGAGUCGGACAGGAAUGUGACGAUGGACAGGCAGACAUUGUACUGUGUCCCUGUGCCAGGAGAAUCCGACUGGGUCAAGGCAGGUUAUGCCAGCCAGAGCGUGCAAACUCCAGGAGCCUCGACUUCUAACCCACAUGUCAGAUCUAAAAGAGGUCGUGACGAUGACCGAGAUCAAGGUGUAAGUGAUAUAAGUGAUCAACCAAUGAAUGACAUCGACACAAAUCAGGUUGGAGCAGCUAAUGGAGGAGUGGCAGCUAGUGAUACUGAGCCGAAAAGAAAUAGAACAGCGCCAUCUGCUGGUGCUGCUCCGUCAUCCUCUGUGGAUCUCAACCAUCCCCUCCCUGGGGAAACAGGCCUGGCUUGUCUUGUAAAGACCUAUGAUGACAUUGAUAGUUUCAAAGUCAACGACGUUGUUGAGUUCAUAGGAAUCCUGUCUGUUGAUCCGUCCAUGGCCCAGUUCAACGCCAAACCAGAAGGAAUGGAGGAAGUCCACCCUGAGUUUGAGACGGAGGCUGAGAGAAACGCCCAUGCACCACCACCAUCCCUCGUCCCCCGACUUCAUGCCAUCCUAUCCCGGAAACUGUCCCACAACAACCCACACCUACCCCCGGUCAUCACGGACCCCGACUUUGUUCAGGCCCUGACCACUGCACAGUCGGAAAUAGCCAGAAUCAGAUCUGAGCUGCUCUCCAUCUUGGAACACGCUGUCUUCGGAGACUCCCUCAGUGCUGAGUAUCUGCUGUGUCACCUCAUCUCAAGUGUUUACAACCGAGCAGAUAUGAUGCCCCUCGGCAAGAUGAGCCUGAACAUAAGUGGCUGCCCCGCCCCCUCUCAGGACUACAGUAAACUGGUGCACUGUCUCGUGUCAGGGCUCGUCACACAGUCCUACCUGUUUCCACUGACGAUCGAGAACAUGAACCAGAUGAAACUGUCUCCUGCCAAAGACUACAGCGCUAACCGACUGCGGAGCGGGUUGCUGCAGCUCAGUGACGCCACACAGCUCAUUGUGGAUGAGACCAUGCUGCAACCAGGCCAGCUCAACCCAGAUGGUCUGAAAAACAUCACAGCUCUGGGUAACCUGAUCAAAUGGGCGAAGGUUGAAUACGACUUCAACUACCACACUCAGGAGUUUCCCACGAAUGUCAACGUGCUGGUGUUGUCGGAGGGAGAGUCUUUGUUGCCAAAAGACUGUCACACAAAGCUGGAGAAGCGUCACAAUCCUGAUGAUCUGAGGUCUUACUUUAGUCAACUUGAUGCGAGAUUGACAGAUGAGUUGUUGGGGAAGCUACGAGUCUACUUCACACUCACCAAGCAGCUGGAGUAUUCCAUCUCGGACGACUUGCAGAAGCUCAUCCAAGACGACUUUGUGACGUCGCGGAAAGAUAACCCCAAGUGUAUGACAGUUGACGACUUCCACAGCCUGCUGAGUCUCGUCAGGUUGUUGACCCUUAGCAACUGCCAGACCAGCCCCACCCUUGACCUCUGGACAAGAGCCAAACAGCUGGAGACUGAGAGAAGGCAACGUGUUGGACCACCACGGACAACACCUGUGUGAAUUCAGCUGUCAUGGUGUUGAGUCUGUGACUUAUCUGUGUGGGUUUCAGGACAGAAGAGCGACCCAGGAUGCCUUGGAGGGAUGGGCACCAUGAAUUAAUUCCAGCUAAUCCACAGCUUAUUUUGGACCAGUGUUAUAUGUGACAUGUCUGACCUUUAGUGGUAUUGUAAAGCUGACCAUGUAACAAAAAUGAUUGAUGGUCAGUAUGUAGCUACAGUUGGAUCUAAAUUUAAACAUCUUUCUCAAACAUCACCAAUAUUAGCUCGAUCUUUGGGGAACUUCUUUCGGACUACCUGGGCGGUGGAGUAGCCUGGUGUUUAAAGCAUUCACACGUCACGCCAAAUGCCCAGGUUCGAUUCCCCACAUGGGUACAAUGUGUGACUUCACUGUCGUACAUGUACCAUAAAGUUCAAACCUCCAGGUCAUAAAGUUUACAACUGGAUAUCUGUUGAGGUUGUCUGUGUUAGACUGAGUGAGUGACAAUAUCACGGCGGGGGAUACCAGAAAUGUGCUUCACGUAUUGUAUCUUCAGCAUGACAAGCGAACACAUUACCCACUGCCCCGUUUUUGACUGAAGGUGUUGCGAGGAAUCCUCAUCACCAUUGACCUCAUCGUUCAGCCAAUGGAUCCCAGAGUAGUUUUGUUAAUGAAAUGUUUCAUAUGCUUUGUUAUUUUUUAUAUCAUGCAAUAAUUCUUAAGAGAAAAAAAUUGUUUCUAUCCCAUCAUGGGUAACUCAUGUGAUGUGAUUAGUCGUUAAAGUGUUCAUCACAUUGAAGGCGUGGGUUCGAUUCCUUACAAGGUUACAAUGUGCCCAUCUCUGCUAUCUUCCAGUCGUGAUAUUGCUGGAAUAAUGCUGAAAGUGGCCAAACAAUCAACUCACUGAGGGAGUACAUUUGUACAAAGACACAGCUGCUGCUUGUAAACAAUGUAUUAUAACAUUAUACAUAGAAUUGUAUCAUUUGUUUUGGAUUGUGUAAAUACCUGAUUUCAUGUUAUACUGACAUUUGUUAACUUGAUUAAAGGUUACUUCAAUACUUUAUGAAAAA